CCUUGAAGGCAACACAGUCUAAAGCACAUCCAUCAUGGGUCCAUGAAUAAGCCUGCUAGUUGUUUGCUUCACAUUCACGCGUGGAGCGGAGUAGCGAGCACGUAACGUCGGACCGGAAGCACGAACAAGAUCUAUUUUCCGUCCUAUCGUCGUGUGCAUAUUGCAUUUCUUUUUUAAACUCCGGCGACAUUUUGCCGCUGUGGUGUGAUCGGGACUUGUUAUGGGAGAGCCAUGGACACACGGGGGGCUGUCAGUAAUCGUGUCCGAGUGAGAGGACCCCGCGGCGGCUUGGACAGCUGAGUGAUGUCGUCGCACAGGUGAGGAAGCAGCAAACAGCUCAAUCUGAAUCAUGCCUGGCAAACUGAAAGCCAAAAUCGUGGCAGGGCGCCACUUGCCUGUAAUGGACAGAGCAAGUGACCUUACAGAUGCUUUUGUAGAGGUCAAGUUUGGAAAUACAACAUUCAAAACAGACGUCUGCCCCAAAUCCCUAAAUCCACAGUGGAACUCGGAAUGGUUCAAGUUUGAGGUGGACGAUGAGGACCUGCAGGAUGAGCCCCUGCAGAUCACGGUGUUGGACCAUGACACUUACAGCGCAAACGACGCCAUAGGCAAGGUUUACAUCGACAUCGACCCCCUGCUGUGCAGUGAGGCCGCCUCCGUCAUUUCUGGCUGGUUUCCCAUCUACGAUACUAUCCAUGGCAUUCGUGGGGAGAUUAACGUCCUGGUCAAAGUGGAGCUCUUCAACGACUUGAACCGCUUCAGACAAUCGUCCUGUGGAGUCAAGUUCUUCUGCACCCCAUCCAUUCCUCGCUAUUACCGUGCAGUGAUGGUCCAUGGCUUUGUGGAGGAACUAGUGGUGAACGAAGAUCCGGAGUAUCAGUGGAUUGACCGCAUCAGAACUCCUCGAGCCUCCAACGAAGCUCGCCAAAGGCUCAUCUCUCUUAUGUCUGGAGAGCUGCAGAGGAAAAUAGGGCUCAAAGUACUAGAGAUGGGGGGGAACGCCGUGGUGGGCUACCUGCAGUGUUUUGACUUGGAAGGAGAGUCAGGCCUGGUUGUGCGGGCCAUAGGUACCGCAUGCACACUGGACAAACUCAGCUCCGGAGGCACGGGCAACAUCCCCUCCACCAUCACCACGACACACAUCCACCCGAGCACUGCUCCUGCCUCCAACGCCUGCAAUUCCCCUUCUAAGGAUGGAAAGGAGCCGGUAUUUGGUGAGGACCUUCCCUCGUCAUCCGGCCCGCCUACCCCUUUCAAAGCCCUUCCCACCUCCUCGUCCUCUCCUCCCCCCUUCUCUCCUUCCAAGCCAUGCAGCCGCCAGUCCUCAUCAUCAGACACAGACCUCAGUUUGACGCCCAAGACGGAGGAGCCCCAGCCUGUGAGACGUAGACCCGGCAUCUUCUUCUGCCCCAGCUCCCCUGUCCUUUCCACGGGCACUCUGUCCUUCUCUGGCUCAGUGGGCACCGGUCCUGGAUGUCCCCCCAGAGCCGCCGCCCUGUCCCCUCCUACCUCCACCCACUCAGAUUCUGCCUUGCUGAGAAAGAACGUGUCCUUCACUGAGGACUUUCUGCUUGCAGCCUCGGGCAUGGGCAGUGGGGGCAGUGCCGGCAAGGAGGCGGGACCCCUGAAGACGCUGCUCAGACAACAGACGCAAACGGCUCUCGAGCAGAGGGGAGCCUGCUCCUCUGGGUUAUUGUUAAACGCCAGGGAAUUCCCCUUCUUCACUUUGACAUCUUUUCCACCUGGGUUUCUGGUCCACGUCGGCGGAGUGGUCAGCGCUCGCUCGGUCAAACUAUUAGACCGCAUACACAACCCUGAUGAGCCAGAGACCCGUGAUGCCUGGUGGGAGGAGAUACGACAAGAGAUCAAGUCACACGCCAAAGCUCUUGCUUGUCACGCUGUUGUUGGAUACAGUGAAAGCACCAGCAUCUGCGAGGAGGUGUGUAUCCUGUCAGCAUCUGGCACAGCAGCCAUCUUGAAUCCUCGCUACAUGCGUGAAGGCUGUUUGGACCUUGGAAGCACAGAACACAGGUUCGAGGAACCGGCUCCUCCGAGUUGUGGCUUCUGUCACAUACCCUACGAUGAGUUCAACAUGCCCUUUCCCGCCCAGCUCACGUAUUGUUACCUCUGCAGACGACAAAAGGUCCCGGAUGUUCUGUUCACAACAGUUGAUCUGCCAUCAGAAGCGGCUGUCACAGGGAAAGGAUGUCUCAUUCAGGCAAGACUGUGCCGCCUGAAAAAGCGAGCCCAGGGGGAAGUCAAUGCGACGGCCAUCUCCAACCUGCUUCCUUUUAUGGAGUACGAACUACACACUCAGUUGAUGAACAAGCUGAAGCUGCGUAGCAUGAACGCCCUGUUUGGCCUUCACAUACAAAUCAGUAUGGGAGAGAACAUGCUGCUCGGUCUCGCUUCUGCCACAGGUGUGUACCUAACUGCCCUGCCUGCACCAGGAGGCAUUCAGAUCGCCGGGAAGACUCCGGGUGACCUGAACAACGAGCACCACAUUUUGACAAUCCAGAAAAGGAUCAAUGACACUAUAGGAAAAAACAAAGAGCUCUAUCAAAUCACUCCUCCGAAAUUAUUUACCCUGGACCCAGAGGUGCUCAGCGACAUAAACAUGGAUCCCAUAGAGGAACUGGUGGGCUCUCCGAUCCCUGAGCCCAAACAAAGAAACCGACUGUUCCGCUCCCACUCUGAAAGCUCAGACGAACUGUCAGAACUGGACCUCUCUCACGGCAAGAAGGAUGCUUUUGUGCUAGAGAUUGAUGACACUGAUGCUGUGGAGGAUAUUCACUCCCUUCUCACAGACGCCUCUCCUCCCUGUGGUUUCCACAGCUGCAACACUGAGAUCAUGCCUGGGAUUUAUAACUGGACUUCAGGAGUACAGAUGUUUACAUCAGUGAGAGUCUUAAGGUUGAGUCAUGCCAAUCUCACCAAUCAAGGCUUGAACAAGAUUUUCACUGACCUGUGUGAGAACCUGCUGAAGAGUUUUUACUUCAAGUUGCGCUCUAUGAUCCCCUGCUGUAUUUGUCAUCUCAACUUCACUGUGGCAGUACCCGAAGAAGAACUUAUACAGGUUGCCGUGACGGCGGUUGCCAUGACGUUUGACACGGACCAGACCCAGGAGAAGACUGCAGAAAAGCCCAUCGCCAAAGUGUGCAGUGAGACUGAGGAGCAGCUACAGUUCCCGCUGGAGCUCUGCGCCGAUUCCCCGUCCGCUAACAUUCAGCCGCCAUCCAAAAUCUCAGUCUCUUUACUCACUCCAGCUGCAAAACUCUGCCAAAAUCAGCUGGUUAUUGUGCAAUCGGAAGGUGUCUCAGGUAGUGCUGCUGUGUCAUCCAGAGCUGCCUCCGUUGAUUACGGUUCCUUUGCAGACAGAUGCAGCACCUGGAUAGAGCUGCUUAGGCUGAAAGCUCACACCAUAAGACGAGGAUCAGUUAAGACAAUCUCGUCUUUGGAACGCUCCAGUCCGCUGACAGAAAGUCGCUCCCGCUCGCUGCGCUCCAACCGCUGCUCCUUUGGGGGAAGUGCGGUCACCGUGGUGAAGAUGACACCGCUUUCCUUCCUCCCGGGACUGCGGAUUGUUAAAUAUUUGGGCAUCAUCAACAUGUUCUUUAUUCGAGAGACGACGUCGCUACGAGAGGAAGGUGGCGUCAGCGGCUUCCUGCAUUCCUUCAUAGCAGAGGUGUUUGCCAUGGUUCGAGCCCACGUAGCCGCCCUGGGGGGUAAUGCGGUUGUGUCCUACAGCAUGAAAGAGUGCAUGUUAAUGGAAAAUCCAAACAAGAACCAGGCCCAGUGUCUCAUCAACGUGAGUGGCGAUGCCGUCAUUUGCGUGAGGGAAAGCGACCAGGAGCCCACGUCCUCGACCAGCAACACGGCACAGACGUCUGGUGCUGAGAUCGAAGGAGCCGCAUGACCCCACCCUCCUUCUCUCAUGCAACUCACAGCCUAGCCGUCCAAAUGCGAGCAAUUCAUGUCUGCCUUAACUUGGUCAAAAGUCCCAAAAUUGAGUCACAAGCAAGCAAGAUGUUUUGAACAUGCGCACAAAAAGAUGCACUAACGGGAGUAAGGGGUGUAAAUAAAAACGGACCGCUUUAUGUCAUGUUAGUAUUUCUGGUCUGUGUGCUUGAAAAAUUAAAAAAAAUGGCCAAAGGAGCGCCUGACUUUUGCCGUCCUAACCAGAAUGCCUUCCCGGGUGCCAAUUACACUCUAGGCAGCUACAACUCCUGGAAGGAACUAAAUCCAAAUAUAAAAUACAAAAUACUUCUCAUGCAUUUAUGUUCUUCUGCGGUGGCUCGGCUCUGCAGACUCAAAGAUUUUAGUUGAUUAAAGCUACAAGAGUCAUGUUUUAAAUAUUCUUUCAGUAUUUCUCACAGGAAGUAUCUUGAUUCUAAAAGUGUCAGAUUUUUUUUUUUUUUUUACACAAGCUACUCAAGCAGCUUGUGUCAAAUCAAUCAAAAUAUAAUCAUUUCUCAUUCUUAGUGUUCAGUCUGUUUGCUGAGGACAAUGUGUUACCGUUUUUACUUGCAAUGGUGAAGUAGCAAUGACAUCAUUUAAUGUCACACUUUGAGUAAUAAAUGCCGGAUACAUUUUUUGAAUAAAGACCUAGUUUACAGUCUGUGCAUGUUUCGCUAUAACAAUUUCAUUUUGUAUAUUUAAACUCCUAAAGGCUUUUUAAUUAAAAGGCCUUUUACAUUUUUUUUUUGUUUGUUUGCAUCGUUGCAAUGUUGUCUGCUACUGAUCUGUGAUAUCCUUACAGGAUGUCCACUGCUGGAAAAAAAUGUAUGCUGUAAAUGUGCUUCCUGAUCAUUUUUAUUUAAGUGCAAUACAUGCAGUGUUUUUGGAAUUAGUGGUACUAUAAAUGCAUUUUCUCUGUAAAACAAAAAGGUUGUUGCACAUGUACAAUUAUUGUGUCCAAACAUCAAAUGUUAGAUGCAUUUAUUUUCUCAGACUAGAAGCAUGCUGACCAAAUUUGUAUUGCCAUAAACUGGUGAGACUUGCACAAUAAACUCAGUCAAACCA